UUAUCGGGUGUUAGCAGGGACGUCACCAAAUUAACGGAAACCCAAACCCCGAGCUUCUAGGUCGGAUAUUUCACUGUCGCUUAACGAAAAGUUACCUUUUGGAUUAGUUAAGAAUUACUGUUAUAGGAAACAGAACUUCACAAUUGAUCGUAAUCUGGCCAAGAAAUGUGACUAAACUUUAGACUUAGUUUUUAGCCAUCGUAAACAAAGGUAACUGUUGGUAGGGAUUCGGUAUCGCUUAGCGAGGUAAGUAACACAAUGAAAUAUAAGAAUUUAAUGUUUAAAAUAUAUAUUGAUUUUAUUUUAAACUUUAUCUCAAUAUUUUCUUUUAAACUUGAUAUCAACAAGUGUAAAUUUUGCGCGAUAACUAAGAUACAUAUAUAUCUAUCUAUCUAAGAUGCAUAUGGUUAAUGUUAUUAGGACAUGGAGCAAAGAAUACAUGAUGAUAGGACAGGAUGAUAGGAGAUGAUGAUGGGACAUGAAAACAUGAUAGGAUGAUAGGACAUGAUGAUAGGAUAUGAUAAUAUGACAUGAUGAUAGGACCGGAUGAUAGAACAUAAUGAUAGUACAUGAUAAUAUGGCAUGAUGAUAUGACAUGAUGAGAGUACAUGAUGACAGGACAUGAUGAUAGAACAUGAUGAUAGAACAUGAUGAUAGGACACGUUGAUAGGACAUGAUUAUAUGACAGGAUGCUGGGACAGGAUGAUAGGUCAUGAUAAUAUAACAUGAUGAUAGGACAGGAUGAUAGUACAUGAUGAUAGGACAUGAUGAUAGAACAUGAUGAUAGGACAUGAUGAUAGGACAUAAUGGUAGGACAUGAUGAUAGGACAUGUUGGUAGGAAAUGAUGGUAGGACAUGAUGAUAGGAUAGGAUGAUAUGACAGAGUGAAAGGACAUAUUAAUAUUACAAAAUGAUAGGACAUUAUUGUAGUACAGGAUGAUAUGACAUGUUUUGUUUUUUUAAAUAGUUGAUGAAUUAAAUCUGCAUUGUAAAAGUGAGUGGGUCAUUAGAAUAUUAAUUAUAAAAUAAAAUUUAAAAAAAUGCAUAUGAUGGAUUAUGCCGCAAAAAGACCUUUGGUUUUAAGGGUUGUUUCAUUUCAUAUUUAAAAAGAAAAAGUUAUCCCGUAUAACUGACUUCUAAACUGAGCAUCUUUUUCAAUUAAUAAUAAUGAUUAUUCGAAUUACAAAUAAUGAGUAUUCGAAUCUCCAACAGCAGACGCCGGAGAGCGCUAGUAAGUUCUGUCAUAUAGAGAAUCAAAUUACUCUCUGUAUUGUUUUGUCAUCACUGGUAGCAACAGCAAAACAUGUGAGUUGAUCCCGAGGAACAUUGAUGCGGGGGAAUGUAUUCGUCUUUGAUGCAGUGUGUUCUAUUCGUCUUUAAUGCUGUAGGUUCUAUUCAUCUUUGAUGAAGUGUGUUCUAUUCGUCUUUGAUGCAAGGGGUUAUAUUAAUAUUUGAUGCAGUGAGUUCUACUCGUCUUUGAUGCUCUGAGUUCUAUUCAUCUUUGAUGAAGUUUGUUCUAUUCAUCUUUGAUGCAGUGGGCUCUAUUCAUCUUUGAUGCAGUGAGUUCUACUCGUCUUUGAUGCUCUGAGUUCUAUUCAUCUUUGAUGCAGUGAGUUCUAUUCUUCUUUGAUUCUGUGGGUUUUAUUCAUCUUUGAUGCAGUGAAUUCUAUUUGUCUUUGAUGCUGUGGGUUCUAUUCAUUUUUGAUGAAGUGUGUUCUAUUCAUCUUUGAUGCAGUGGGCUCUAUUCAUCUUUGAUGCAGUGAGUUCUACUCGUUUUUGAUCCUGUGGGUUCUAUUCAUCUUUGAUGCAGUGGGUUCUAUUCAUCUUUGAUGCAGUGAGUUCUACUCGUCUUUGAUGCUGUGGGUUUUAUUCAUCUUUGAUGCAGUGAGUUCUACUCGUCUUUGAUGUUUUGGGUUUUAUUCAUCUUUGAUGCAGUGAAUUCUAUUUGUCUUUUUGAUGCUGUGGGUUCUAGUCAUCUUUGAUGAAGUUUGUUCUAUUCAUCUUUGAUGCAGUGGGCUCUAUUCAUCUUUGAUGCAGUGAGUUCUACUCGUCUUUGAUGCUCUGAGUUCUAUUCAUCUUUGAUGCAGUGAGUUCUAUUCUUCUUUGAUUCUGUGGGUUUUAUUCAUCUUUGAUGCAGUGAAUUCUAUGUGUCUUUGAUGCUGUGGGUUUUAUUCAUCUUUGAUGCAGUGAGUUCUACUCGUCUUUGAUCCUGUGGGUUCUAUUCAUCUUUGAUGCAGUGGGCUCUAUUCAUCUUUGAUGCAGUGAGUUCUACUCGUCUUUGAUGUUUUGGGUUUUAUUCAUCUUUGAUGCAGUGAAUUCUACUUGUCUUUUUGAUGCUGUGGGUUCUAGUCAUCUUUGAUGCAGUGGUUUCUAUUCAUCUUUUUUUUUUCCAGGGACUAUGAAGGCAAGAAAAUGGUUCCGGUGCUUCGGUAUAAACUUUCGCCCCAUUUUUUAUGUCCUGGCCGUGAUGGUGAUCUUGGGCUUUGCCAGAUUUUUAGUCGUCACGAGGGUAGACAGACGUCAAGGUCUAAAAAAUAAGAUCGCGGUCACAGCGGGAGACACACUUAGACAACAGAAACCCGGGAGUCAACGUUGGCUGGACAAGAUGCUGACUGGACGUUGGGUACCGACAAAGUACACGUCACAGGAGAUGGACGAGUUGGAAAAUUUUCAUAAACGGGCCUGGAAACAUCAUAAAAUACCCGUCAGCUUACAGCGUGAGGAUAAGAAAUGUGGUAAGGGAGUGGUAUACAGGUGUGAUUACCGGAUUGCCAACCGUGCGUGAAAUUACGGAUAAUGCGUAAAAAUGUUGACCUAAUUUACUUGACCGUAAAAGUCCGUAAGAACUUUUUUUUUUUUUUUUAAAAAAAAGGUUUUUAAAAAAAUUCAUCAGAGUAUGAAAAAAAUUAAACAAAACCAAAAAAAAAUAAAUGUUUGGAAAAAAUAAUGCGGGGAAACGCAGGGGUCACUGCGAUGAGGUCUUGCUUGAUUUAACUUUGGUCAUAAAGAAGAGGAACUCAACACUGAUGCAGAUACGUUACGACGAACGACGUUACAACAUAGGGUUAUAGAAACAUGUGAUAUACUAUGUGAUACGGAGUCAUUAAAACAUGAUACAAAGAAUAUUUUUUUUUUAAAUAAUGUUAUAGUUUGAGCAAGAAUAUGUUGUUUUAGAUGUCCAUAUUUUUUUUAAAAAUAAUGUUAUAGUUUGAGCAAGAAUAUGUUGUUUUAGAUGUCCAUAUUUUUUUAAAAAUUAUGUUAUAGUUUGAGCAAGAAUAUGUUGUUUUAGAUGUCCAUAUUUUUUUUAAAAAUAAUGCUAUAGUUUGAGCAAGAAUAUGUUGUUUUAGAUGUCCAUAUUUUUUUUUAAAAUAAUGUUAUAGUUUGAGCAAGAAUAUGUUGUUUUAGAUGUCCAUAUUUUUUUUAAAAUAAUGUUAUAGUUUGAGCAAGAAUAUGUUGUUUUAGAUGUCCAUAUUUUUUUUGAAAAUAAUGUUAUAGUUUGAGCAAGAAUAUGUUGUUUUAGAUGUCCAUAUUUUUUUUUAAAUAAUGUUAUUGUUUGAGCAAGAAUAUGUUGUUUUAGAUGUCCAUAUUUUUUUUUAAAAUAAUGUUAUAGUUUGAGCAAGAAUAUGUUGUUUUAGAUGUCCAUAUUUUUUUUAAAAUAAUGUUAUAGUUUGAGCAAGAAUAUGUUGUUUUAGAUGUCCAUAUUUUUUUUUAAAAUAAUGUUAUUGUUUGAGCAAGAAUAUGUUGUUUUAGAUGUCCAUAUUUUUUUUAAAUAAUGUUAUUGUUUGAGCAAGAAUAUGUUGUUUUAGAUGUCCAUAUUUUUUUUUUAAAUAAUGUUAUUGUUUGAGCAAGAAUAUGUUGUUUUAGAUGUCCAUAUUUUUUUUAAAAAUAAUGUUAUAGUUUGAGCAAGAAUACGUUGUUUUAGAUGUCCAUAUUUUUUUAAAAAAUAAUGUUAUAGUUUGAGCAAGAAUAUGUUGUUUUAGAUUCCAUAUAUUUUUUUAAAUAAUGUUAUUGUUUGAGAAAGAAUAUGUUGUUUUAGAUGUCCAUAUUUUUUUAUUUUUUUUUUGGUUAUUAAAAUUCUCCUUUUAAAAAAAAAAGGGGUGGGGGGGAACCCUGGUGAAUAACUAUGGGUGAAGCAAACUGCGUAUAAUUAGUGUGCAUUUUUAUAUAAUACAAUUUCAAGUUUAAAAACUACAAAUUUUUUUUACGUUCUUUUUUAUUGAUUUUAAAAAAAAAAACACACACAAAAAAAAAUUCUUUUCAUUCAGGAAAUGUGUCGUUUCCUAAUCUGUUCUGGUUCAGGGCGGUAUGUGAUCCCAGGGGCGGCACCCCGUGCUGCAUGAACAGCUUUUGUGUGGAUAAACCUGUCCAAGAGUGUCAAUGUCCUGAAUGUUAUGACCUGAGACAGCCCGUUCAUGCUGAGUUUUCCAAAUGGGAACCCCAGGAUGCCGCCGUCCAGGUCAGUGGAAAUCUCUCCCCCUCUCUUUAUCACUCUCUCUCUCUCUCUUAUACUCUCUCCCCCUCUCUCUAUCACUCUGUCUCUCUCUCUCUCUCUUACACUCUCUCUCGCCCUCUCUCUAUUGCUCUCUCUUUCUCUCUUAUACUCUCUCUAUCACUCUCUCUCUUAUACUCUCUCUCUUUUAUACUCCCUCUCUCCCCUCUCUCUAUCACUCUCUCUCUCUCUCUCUUUGUCUCUAUCUCUAUCACUCUCUCUCUCUCUCUCUCUCUUUCCAUAUAUUUCAUUUAAAAAUAAAUGUGAGGUAUUAUUAUUUUGAUAUUUAGAGUGUCCUCUUAUGAAAUAAGAACUGCUGUUAUACCUAACUGAUUAACACAUAAAAUGUGCUUCAUAUACCACAAAAAAUCCGUUCGACAUCAUGGAGUAACUGGUUCGCCUUGCGUCGCUUUCCAUUAUUUUUUUUUUUUAAACUCGUUCUGAGCCGAAGCCGGAGGUAUUGAAAGCAAUCAUAAUAAUCAGAGCAUGACACCUAUUUUCCCAACACUAUUUUCUGAACAGUGUGUUAAGCCAGCAUUACCGCAACUGCGCCCAAUCUGACCAUUAGAAGAAGUUUGGGACAUAACCUCUUGCUGUUAUUAUUUUUUAAUUCAAUAAAUAAGUUCUGCCGUUUUCCAAAUCUGUGUGAGUUAUCAAAUUUUAAUUAAACUUAUAAUUACCAAAAAUGCAAAAACUAAUCAUUUUAAUAUAUGUUUUAUGUGAAUUUAAAAAAAAAAUUCAUUCAUUGUUUAAAAGUGUUAUAUUUGCUUAUGUGAAUAUUGCUUUAUCAGUACUGAAAACAAAAUUACUACAGAACUAUUACGGUAGCUCAAAUUCUUUUUUUUUUAUUUCACUCUUAGCUUCAUUCUCAUUUUUUUUGUUUACCUCGGAAUUGCACAUGACAGCCUAGAUGAUAUUUGCUAUCAUUUCCCGUCUUAUCAAGUAUCUUCUUUUUUUUUUUCAGUGAAUUUUAUUUUUUUCCUUUCUACAUCUAAAGCACCAAUAUUAAAAAAGUCGUUAAUGCUAAAAUUAUUUUUCUUAUAGGCUUGUAAUCUUUUAAAUGUACAUAAUAACACUUUUAAGGUUCCAAAAAAAAAUUUUUUUUUAGUUGAAUUCCCACCUAGUUGAUUGCCCACCUAAUUCAUUUCCAACCUAGUUGAUUUCCUACCUAGAUGACUGUCUACCUAGUUGACUGUCUACCUAGUUGACUGUCUACCUAGUUAACUGCCCACCUAGUUGACUGCCCACCUAGUUGACUUCCCAUCUAGUCACUGUCCAUCUAGUUGCCCCCCUUGUUAACUGCCCACCAAGUUGAAUAACCAUAUAGUUGCCCACCAAGUUAAAUGCCCACCUAGUUAUCUGGCCACCUACUUAACUGCCCACCUAGUUGAUAGACCAUCGAUUUUCCCCCCUACUUAACUGACCACCAAGUUAACUGCCCACCUAGUUAACUGCCCACCUAGUUGAAUGACCAUCAAGUUGCGCCCCUAGUUAACUGCCCACCUAGUUAACUGCCCACCUAGUUAACUGCCCACCUAGUUGACUGCCCACCUAGUUAACUGCCCACCUAGUUAACUGCCCACCUAGUUAACUGCACACCUAGUUGACUACCCACCUAGUUAACUGUCCACCUAGUUUACUGCCCACCUAGUUGACUGCCUACCUAGUUAACAUCCCACCUAGUUAACGGACCACCUAGUUGAAUGACCAUCUAGUUGCCCACCUAGUUAACUGACCACCUAGUUGAAAGACCAUCUAGUUGCCCCCCUAACUAACUGACCAACUAGUUGAAUGACCACUUAGUUGACUGCCCACCUAGUUAACUGACCACCUAGUUGACUGCCUACCUAGUUAACUGACCACCAAGUUGAAUGACAUCCUAGUUGAAUGACCACUUAGAUGCCAACCUAGUUAACUGACCACCUAGUUGAAUGACCACCUAGUUGCCCCACUAGUUAACUGACCACCUAGUUGAAUGACCAUCUAGUUGCCCACCUAGUUAACUGCCCACCUAGUUGAAUGACCAUCUAUUUGCCCACCUAGUUAAAUGAACACCUAGUUGAAUGACCACCUAGUUGACCCCUAGUUAACUGACCACCUAGUUGAAUGACCAUUUAGUUGACUGCCCACCUAGUUAACUUACCACCUAGUUGACUGACCACCUAGUUAACUGACCACCUAGUUGAAUGACCACUUAGAUGCCCACCUAGUUAACUGACCACCUAGUUAACUGACCACCUAAUUAACCCCCUAGUUAACUGACCACCUAGUUGAAUGACCACCUAGUUGCCACCCUAGUUAACUGGCCACCUAGUUGAAUGACCAUCUAGUUGCCCACCUAGUUAAAUGACCACCUAGUUGAAUGACCACCUAGUUGCCCCCCUAGUUAACUGACCACCUAGUUGAAUGACCAUCUAGUUGCCCACCUAGUUAACUGCCCACCUAGUUGACUGCCCACCUAUUUGAAUGACCAUGUAGUUGCCCCCCCAAUAACUGCCCACCUAGUUAGCUGCCCACCUAGUUGAAUGACCAUCUAAAUGCCCGCUAGUUAAAUACCCACCUAGUUAACUGCCCACCUAGUUAAGUACCCACCUAGUUGACUGCCCACCUAGUUAACUGUCCACCUAGUUGACUGCCCACCUAGUUAACUGCCCACCUAGUUAACUGCCCACGUAGUUAACUGCCAACCUAGUUAACUGCCACCUAGUUAACUGCCCACCUAGUUAACCGCCCACCUAGAUAACUACCCACCUAUAUGACUGCCCACCUAGUUAACUGCCCACCUAGUUAACUGCCCACCUAGUUAACUGCCCACCUAGUUAACUGCCCACCUAGUUAACUGCCCACCUAGUGUACUGCCCACCUAGUUGAAUGACUAUCUAGUUGCCCACAUAUUUAACUGCCCACCUAGUUAACUGCCCACCUAGUUAAUGGCCCACCUAGUUUACUGCCUACCUAGUUAACUGCCAACCUAGUUGAAUGACCAUCCAAUUGCCCCCCCUUUUAAACUGCCCACCUAGUUAACUGCCCACCUAGUUAACUGCCCACCUAGUUAAGUGCCCACCUAUUUAACUUCCCACCUAGUUAACUGCCCAACUAUUUAACUGCCCAUCUAGUAAACUGCCCACCUAGUUAACUGCCCACCUAGUUAACUUCCCACCUAGUUAACUGCCCACCUAGUUAACUGCAACCUAGUUAACUGCCCACCUACUUAACUACCCACCUAGUUAACUACCCACCUAGUUGACUGCCCACCUAGUUGACUGCCCACCUAGUUAACUGCCCACCUAGUUAACUGCCCACCUAGUUAACUGCCCACCUAGUUAACUGCCUCCUAGUUAACUGCCCACCUACUUAACUGCCCACCUAGUUAACUACCCACCUAGUUGACUGCCCACCUAGUUGACUGCCCACCUAGUUAACUGCCCACCUAGUUAACUGCCCACCUAGUUAACUGCCCACUUAGUUAACUGCCCACCUAGUUAACUGCCCACCUAGUUGACUGCCCACCUAGUUAAAUGACCAUCUAGUUGCCCACAUAGUUAACUGCCUACCUAGUUAACUGCCUACCUAGUUAAUGGCCCACCUAGUUUACUGCCCACCUAGUUAAUUGCCCACCUAGUUAACUGCCCACAUAGUUGAAUGACCAUCUAGUUGCCCCCUAGUUGACUGCCCACCUAGUUGAAUGACCAUCUAGUUGCCCCCCUAGUUAACUGCCCACCUAUUUAACUCCUACCUAGUUAAUUGCUCACCUAGUUGAAUGACCAUCCAGUUGCCCCCUUUUAAACUGCCCACCUAGUUAACUGCCCACCUAGUUAACUGCCCACCUAGUUUACUGCCCGCAUAGUUAACUUUCCACCUGGUUAACUAACCACCUAUUUAACUGCCCAUCUAGUUAACUUCCCACCUAGUUAACUGCCCACCUAGUUAACUGCCCACCUAGUUAACUGCCACCUAGUUAACUGCCCACCUAGUUAACUGCCCACCUAGUUAACUGCCCACCUAGUUAACUGCCCACAUAGUUAACCUCCCAACUAGUUAACUGCCCAACUAUUUAACUGUCCAUCUAGUUAACUCCCCACCUAGUUAACUGCCCACCUAGUUAACUGCCCCCCUAGUUAACUGCCCACCUAGUUAACUGCCCACCUAGUUAACUGCCCACCUAGUUAACUGCCCACCUAGUUAACUGCCCACCUAGUUAACUGCCCACCUAGUUGACUGCCCACCUAGUUAACUGCCCACCUAGUUGACUGGCCACCUAUUUGACUUCCCACCUAGUUGACUGCCCACCUAGUUAACUGCCCACCUAGUUAACUGCCCACCUAGUUAACUUCCCACCUAGUUAACUGCCCACCUAGUUAACAGCCCACCUAGUUAACUGCCCACCUAGUUGACUGGCCACCUAGUUAACUGCCCACCUAGUUAACUGCCCACCUAGUUAACUGCCCACCUAGUUAACUGCCCACCAAGUUGAAGGACCAUCUAGUUGACAUAAUAUAUCGCAAUUUUGCUCUUGAAUGCCGGAAAAAAGACAUAGUAAAAUCGUAUCUCAAGUCUCUGAGACAGUAAUUUACACACUCCCAUCUUGUACUUACAGACUUGUUCAAGCAUCGAAUCUCUCCAUUGGGUUAUAAUAUAUAGGUCACCUUGAUUUUGGGAAUGAUCUAUCCGGCACUCAUUUCCACACACCCCAAUCCACCCCAGCCUAGAUCUUUUUUAUCGAACGUCGUCAAAAAAAAAAAAAAUUGCCAUCCGUUGUUACUUGCAUACAGCGAAUGUUUCACAAAAUUAACAUUUCCUGCGAAUGUAAAACUUUAUGAAUUUUUGGGUUAUAAUAUAUAGGCUCCCUUGAUUUUGGGAAUGACCUAUCCGGCACCCAUUUCCACACCCCCCAAUCCACCCCAGCCUAAAUCUUUUUUAUCGAACGUCGUAAAAAAAAAAAAAAAAAAUUGCCAUCCGUUGUUACUUGCAUACAGCGAAUGUUUCACAAAAUUAACAUUUCCUGCGAAUGUAAAACUUUAUGAAUUGAAUCUCGAAAUGCGAGGCGAAAUAAAGUCAGUCUCCGACAUGUUUACCAAUGUGAAGGCAGCUUGUCUCCGACAUGUUCACCAAUGUGAAGGCAGCUUGUCUCCAACAUGCCCACCAAUGUGAAGGCAGCUUGUCUCCGACAUGUUCACCAAUGUGAAGGCAGCUUAUCCCCGACAUGUCCAUCAAUGUGAAGGCAGCUUGUCUCCGACAUGUCCACCAAUGUGAAGGCAGCUUGUCUCCGACAUGUCCACCAAUGUGAAGGCAGCUUGUCCCCGACAUGCUCACCAAUGUGAAGGCAGCUUGUCCCCGACAUGCUCACCAAUGUGAAGGCAGCUUGUCCCCGACAUGUUCACUAAUGUGAAGGCAGCUUGUCCCCGACAUGCUCACCAAUGUGAAGGCAGCUUGUCCCCGACAUGUCCAUCAAUGUGAAGGCAGCUUGUCCCCGACAUUUUUAUAAUGAAGAAUUAUAUGAUAUGAUGAAAGGACAUGGUGAUAGGCCAUUUGGAUAGGGCAUUGUGAUAGGACAUUGUGAUAGGGCAUUGUUAUAGGGCAUGUUGAUAGGACAUAAUGAUAGGACAUGGUGGUAGGACAUGUUAAUAGGACAUUUUAAUAGGAGAUGGUGAUAGGGCAUGAUAGGACUUGUUGAUUAGGGUAUGUUUAUAGGACAUGAAGCACUCUAUGUAGCACUCUAUGUAGCACUCUAUGUAGCGCUCUAUGUUGCACUCUAUGUAGCACUGUAUGUACCACUAUGUGUAGCACUCUAUGUACCACUCUAUGUAGCACUCUAUGUAGCACUCUAUAUAGCACUCUAUGUUGCACGCCAUGUAUGACUCUAUGUAGCACUCUGUGUAUGACUCUAUGUAGCACUCUGAGUAGCACUCUAUGUAGCACUCUUUGUAGCCAAAGGAAUUGGAUGCAGACGAAACUUAAAGUAAUAUGUUUUAUUUUUUAUUUAUUUUUUGAGACCACUUUCUGAACCGACUUUCAUUUAAGUUGGAACCUCAGUUCAAUUAAUGUCAUCUCUUUAAUAAUUGACCGUCUCUCUUUCUUUCUGCUACAUUUCGAUAUGAAAAUAAAAGUCUGUCUUUCUUUUUUGAGUUAUAAUCUAUAGGCCACCUUGAUUUUGGGAAUGAUCUAUCCGGCACCAACAACCCCCCCCCCACUCCACCCCCAACUAGAUCUUUUUAAAUCGAACGUCGUCAACAAAAAAAAACAAAAAACAAUGCUGAAGCCUGAUGGUAAUUAUCACCAGUAUUGAAUGAAUGUGAACAGGGUGCGCAGUGCGCAGACGUGUCUCUUGCGGUUGUAGUGAAGGGUGGGGCGGAAAUCAUGGCGCUCUUCCCUUACAUUCUGUUAGUUAUCAAACCUGACAUUGACACCAGAAAAAUGAAGUAGCAUGACUUUUAUUAUUAUUUAUCGCGGUUCGCCACCACUGACAAAUUAUUUAUGACCAUGCCUUUCCUCUCAUCCCAGCUGACGCCGUUCACCCGUGAGAGGGAGGUGUGUCGUGUACUUCAGAACAAGACCGUCUACUUCAUCGGCGACUCCUUCAUGCGUCAGGUGUACACGUCAGCGCUGGCCAUGUUGCGAGACGGCAAGCCCCGUCACGUGAUCAAGGAUACUGUACCACUAGGUUUGUAGUAUGGUAUCUAUGCAUAGUGGGAGGUCGCAUUACAUACUUUGUUCAACGAAGGCGGGGUGUUUAGUAGUGAAAGGCUGAAAACUAAGUAAUUAUAUUUUUAACAAUAAAUUCCCCUGCCUUAUGAAAAUGCCCUCUAUAAAUAAAUAAAUAAAUAUAUAUAUAAUCGUUCUACUUCAGCUUGACAUUGUGACCAAUCGUUCUACUUCAGCUUGAUAUUGUGACAAUCGUUCUACUUCAGCUUGACAUUGUGACCAAUGGUUCUACUUCAGCUUGACAUUGUGACCAAUUGUUCUACUUCAGCUUGACAUUGUGACCAAUCGUUCUACUUCAGCUUGAUAUUGUGACCAAUUGUUCUACUUCAGCUAGACAUUGUGACCAAUCGUUCUACUUCAGCUUGACAUUGUGACCAAUUGUUCUACUUCAGCUUGACAUUGUGACCAAUCGUUCUACUUCAGCUUGACAUUGUGACCAAUUGUUCUACUUCAGCUUGACAUUGUGACCAAUCGUUCUACUUCAGCUUGACAUUGUGACCAAUUGUUCUACUUCAGCUUGACAUUGUGACCAAUCGUUCUACUUCAGCUUGACAUUGUGACCAAUCGUUCUACUUCAGCUUGACAUUGUGACCAAUUGUUCUACUUCAGCUUGACAUUGUGACCAAUCGUUCUACUUCAGCUUGACAUUGUGACCAAUUGUUCUACUUCAGCUUGACAUUGUGACCAAUCGUUCUACUUCAGCUUGACAUUGUGACCAAUCGUUCUACUUCAGCUUGACAUUGUGACCAAUUGUUCUACUUCAGCUUGACAUUGUGACCAAUCGUUCUACUUCAGCUUGACAUUGUGACCAAUCGUUCUACUUCAGCUUGACAUUGUGACCAAUCGUUCUACUUCAGCUUGAUAUUGUGACAAUCGUUCUACUUCAGCUUGACAUUGUGACCAAUCGUUCUACUUCAGCUUGACAUUGUGACCAAUCGUUCUACUUCAGCUUGAUAUUGUGACAAUCGUUCUACUUCAGCUUGACAUUGUGACCAAUCGUUCUACUUCAGCUUGACAUUGUGACCAAUCGUUCUACUUCAGCUUGAUAUUGUGACAAUCGUUCUACUUCAGCUUGACAUUGUGACCAAUCGUUCUACUUCAGCUUGACAUUGUGACCAAUCGUUCUACUUCAGCUUGAUAUUGUGACAAUCGUUCUACUUCAGCUUGACAUUGUGACCAAUCGUUCUACUUCAGCUUGACAUUGUGACCAAUCGUUCUACUUCAGCUUGAUAUUGUGACAAUCGUUCUACUUCAGCUUGACAUUGUGACCAAUCAUUCUACUUCAGCUUGACAUUGUGAGCAAUCGAUCUACUUCAGCUUGACAUUGUGACCAAUUGUUCUACUUCAGCUUGAAAUUGUGACCAAUCGUUCUACUUCAGCUUGACAUUGUGACCAAUUGUUCUACUUCAGCUUGACAUUGUGACCAAUAGUUCUACUUCAGCUUGAUAUUGUGACAAUCGUUCUACUUCAGCUUGACAUUGUGACAAUCGUUCUACUUCAGCUUGAUAUUGUGACAAUCGUUCUACUUCAGCUUGACAUUGUGACCAAUCGUUCUACUUCAGCUUGACAUUGUGACCAAUCGUUCUACUUCAGCUUGACAUUGUGACCAAUCAUUCUACUUCAGCUUGACCUUGUGACCAAUCGUUCUACUUCAGCUUGACAUUGUGACCAAUCGUUCUACUUCAGUGUGACAUUGUGACCAAUCAUUCUACUUCAGCUUGACAUUGUGACCAAUCGUUCUACUUCAGCUUGACAUUGUGACCAAUCGUUCUACUUCAGCUUGACAUUGUGACCAAUCGUUCUACUUCAGUGUGACAUUGUGACCAAUCAUUCUACUUCAGCGUGAUUUUCUGACCAGUUGUUCUAUUUUAGCGUGAUUUUGUGACCAAUUAUUUUAGCGUGAUUUUGUGACCAAUUAUUUUAGCGUGAUUUUGUGACCAAUUAUUUUAGCGUGAUUUUGUGACCAAUUAUUUUAGCGUGAUUUUGUGACCAAUUAUUUUAGCGUGAUUUUGCGACCAAUCUUUCUACUUCAGCGUGAUGUUGGGACCAAUCGUUCUAUUGUUUUGUUUACUUUGACUGUAUGAGAAUGCCUUUUUUGGUAAAUGAAAGUAUUGCAUUGACCUCGCUCUGUUGCUAACGCAAGCAUUGUAGCUUAGUGCAACUUCCUUGUUAACUUGAGUACUAUUGGUAUUGCGGUAUCUUGCUUCAAGGGUGAAUUAGCCAAGCUGUCUUUGUGGUACUCUGUCGUUGGGGUAAUAUUGAAGUUAGGUCCACGCCCUAAGUAGGGAAAAACUUUGGUACUGUUACCAGAAAUAAACGGGUGGGCUAAAUGUCAAGGCCGUGUGCUAAGUGGGGCAUUGAGAUCUCUUCCAGAAAGACAAACAGAGAGAGCGAAGAGAGAAAGACAAACAGGCAGAGCGAAGAGAGAAAGACAAACAGAGAGAGAGAGAGAGUGAUAAACAAAGUGAAAGACGAUGAAAGGAAAGACAUACGGAAAUAAAAGAAAAUAAAAACAAAUUGGCCAACUGACAUGAAAGCAACCUAGAAAAUCCAUGUACAAAAAAAACACGUUAUUUCAUUAUACGUGUAGAAUUGUACCUAUGUUUUUGUUAGUUCUAACGGGGUUAAUUUCUUUGGGCGCAUGACAUCCUUUUGAAUCACCAGUUUAAUUUGUUUAAUAUUUAAGGGGCGCAUUUAUUCCCAUAAUAAUAUAACUAUGUUCUGCUUAAAAAUUACUUUUGAAACCAUUCGAACUAUGAAAUCAACGAGUCCGUGGGAUGAGUGUUCUAUUUUCCUUGUCUGUGAAUGCGUUAGCUGAGUCCGUGAAAACGAUUUUAUAGGUUUCCCCCCACCCCCCAAAAAAAAAAAAAAAAAAAAAACGUUGUACCACGUGACUUAUGUGUUACUGGUUUUUAAAUAUCAAACAUGUCAGAUGAUGGCUUAUAUUUUUCUGGUGUCGAACCUCCCAGACUUUUGGAUGAUAGCAUUUGUUACUGGUGUCUAGCUUUCCACAAUAUCGGACGAGGCAAAAGUUAAUGGUGUCCACAUUUUUAACAUGUAAAAUGAUGGCAUAAGUUACUGGCUUCUAGCCUCCGCCAUGUUAGAUGGGGGCAUAAGUUACNCCCCCCCCCCCCAAACCACCACCAUAAAAGAUAGUUAUUUUACUUUCAUGAUAAGAAAUUAAAAAAAAAAAAUCAAUCAUUCAAUAAUUACUCUUUGUUGAUUGACAUAUUCAUGAUCAUGUAAAACCAACACAGGUUCAUGCAUGGCUUUCAGUGGAUUACGUUGAAUAGAAAACUCUGUACGAAGCGAAUGAAUGACAAACGCCAUGCGUGAGGUUUCAAGAGCAAGCUAGAUGAAGGGAUGCCUACGUCUUGAACGACCAGUCUCUAUAUAUAUAAAAAAAAAAAAAAAAAUCGUGCUUAAGACUGGUGUGAGCGCGAGGCAGCCUCAUUCAUGCAAAGUAUACAACAAAAUAAACUCAUCAUUACAAUCGGCCUAAUGAGUCUACACAUUAUUAAUACAAUGCCAGGCCCACAACUGAAGACAUUCAAGUAACUGUGAUAACUGUGACGGAUUAGCCCGUUUCCGGUUUCGUACCAGGUCCGCUAGACUUCACGUCACAUCACAUUAAAAUGAGAUUAUUGAAAAAGUGAAAUUUUUAAAACACAUCACAGCGCCCGUGUGAUAAUGCCUCCUCGCACAAUUUGGGAACCGCUGUUCUAGGCAAUAUGUGUAACCAGUAAACUGAAAUUGAGAAUUCGGCUAGAUCUAUACGAAGCACAUACAAAUGGUACAGCUGUGAAGGUGCACACUGUCUUAAAAACUUAUAAAGGAAGGGAGAAAAGUAGUAUAAUUUAACAACUAUUUCUGUUAGACUUAGCACGGUGCGUGAAUGGAUCUGCUCAUAUUUCUGUGACGCUUAGCACGGUGCAUGAAUGGAUCAUCUCAUAUUUCUGUGACGCUUAGCACGGUGCAUGAAUGGAUCUUCUCAUAUUUCUGUGACGCUUAGCACGGUGCAUGAAUGGAUCUUCUCAUAUUUCUGUGACGCUUAGCACGGUGCAUGAAUGGAUCUUCUCAUAUUUCUGUGACGCUUAGCACGUGCAUGAAUGGAUCUUCUCAUAUUUCUGUGACGCUUAGCACGUUGCAUGAAUGGAUCUGCUCAUAUUUCUGUGACGCUUAGCACGGUGCAUGAAUGGAUCUUUUCAUAUUUCUGUGACGCUUAGCACGGUGCAAGAAUGGAUCUUCUCAUAUUUCUGUGACGCUUAGCACGUUGCGUGAAUGGAUCUUCUCAUAUUUCUGUGACGCUUAGCACGUUGCGUGAAUGGAUCUUCUGGAUCUUCUCAUAUUUCUGUGAGGCUUAGCACGGGGCAUAAAUUAUUCUUCUCAUAUUUAUGUGAGGCUUAGCACGGGGCAUGAAUGGAUCUUCUCAUAUUUCUUUUAGGCUUAGUACAGUGCAAGAAUGGAUCUUCUCAUAUUUCUGUGAGACUUAACACGUUGCAAGAAUGGAUCUUCUCAUAUUUCUUUGAGGCUUAGCACAGAGCAAGAAUGGAUCUUCUCCUAUUUCUGUGAGACUUAACACGUUGCAUGAAUGGAUCUUCUCAUAUUUCUAUGAGGCUUAGCACGUUGCGUGAAUGGAUCUUCUCAUAUUUCUGUGAGACUUAGCCCGUUGCAAGAAUGGAUCUUCUCAUAUUUAAGUGAGGCUUAGCACGGUGCAUGAAUGGAUCUUCUCAUAUUUAAGUGAGGUUUAGCACGGUGCAUGAAUGGAUCUUCUCAUAUUUAAGUGAGGCUUAGCACGGUGCAUGAAUGGAUCUUCUCAUAUUUAAGUGAGGCUUAGCACGGUGCAUGAAUGGGUCUUCUCAUAUUUCUUUGAGGCUUAGCACGGUGCAUGAAUGGAUCUUCUCAUAUUUAAGUGAGGCUUAGCACGGUGCAUGAAUGGAUCUUCUCACAUUUCUUUGAGGCUUAGCGCGGUGCGUGAAUGGAUCUUCUCAUAUUUCUGUGAGGCUUAGCGUGGUGCGUGAAUGGGUCUUCUCAUAUUCUGAAACUUCAAACUUUUAAACAAAUAGCAUUUUAAACAAAUUUAAUAUUUAUACUUGGUGUCUUAAAGUUUUUGUUAUAAUUCCAAUUGUUUUAAAAAUAUUUAAGAAGAUAUAACUUCAUUGUAUUAUUUAAAACUAGAAAUAUAUCUUCGAUGUAAUUUCAUUUACGUUAUCAUUUUUAAUAAUUUUGUAUUCAUAUUUUUUUUAAUCUUUUAGGUGAUCUCCUGUAAUUUUUAUUUUUUUCUUAAGUGGGGCAGCGGACAGAUAAAUUUUGGGGAUCUUUUCGGUGUGGAAAUUUUGAGACACUAAGAAAAAAAGCCCUGGCCAAAAAUAUAUAUUUAAAAAUUACCAAACUGACGGGUCUUCAUAAAAUUAGGACAAUUAAAAUAUGAAUAAUUAUUUAGAACAAAAUUUUGGUCUUAAAAAAAUAAAAUAUAAUAGAUUGUGUUAGGUCAGAGAAAAAGUCUAUCGAAUAAAUGCCAGAGACAAAACGCCAAGGAUCUCCAUGAUGUACAAGAUAAAAAUGGACUGGUCCACUGCUCCAGCAUAAACAUCCCUCUCCCCCCCCCCCCCAGACAGCGACGAGGUCACGACAGGCAGUUCCAGCUCAUAAAAACAAAAACUCAGUACAGAAGCUUCUCAUUUCUGCCAAAACCAACCAGGGACUGGAAUAAGCGUCCAAAAGCAACGGUUGAGGCGAAUACAUUCGACACAUUUGCGUCUAUUGCCUCCUGUUCGUCCAACCCCCAGUUCAUAAUACUAUUGCCGAUUACCCCUUGCAACCAGUGAAGUAUCCCCUUCAAAACCAUGCACAGUAACACCACGAACCGCUCUGAAACAUAGGAGCCAGAAUGAUCAAUACAUUGAUCGCGGACCCUCAAAAUAUAGACAAAUAUAGAAGAAGAAGAAGAUAGAAUUCUUUCUUUUUUUUUUAUAAUGCUUUAAACGUUUGCCACUCCUCCUCGUCCCCCUUUAUUUACAGGCCUUCCUUCUACACCAGAUCAAUAAACAUUAAAACCCGUUGAAGUGCCUCCAUGGCCGGCCCCGAGUGCAUACAUACCCGUCUUUGAAUGGAGCUAGCUCAAAUACCAAUUCCACCAAAGACACAAAUAGUUAAAUGGUAUACUGCUAGAUCUCCUAAGCCGGCGGUUCUUAACCUGUGGGUCGCAACCCCUUUGAGGGUCGCACGACCCUUUCACAGGGGUCGCCUAAGGCCAUCUGAAAACACAUAUAUUCUACAGUUAUAAAGUUUCAACGAAAAUAAUUGUGUGGUUGGGGGUCGCCACAACAUAGGAACUGUAUUUAAUUGUCGCGGCAUUAGAAAGGUUGAGAAACACUGUCCUAAACCAACUGCAACAGAUUAUAUCAUCUAAAGCUUAAACAUCUUCAAUCUUUUUCUUUUUUUUAAGGGCAAACAUUGAGUGUACUUCAAGUGGUGCUCAGCGAGUGUUCAACAUUAAGCACGGUGUUAUGAUAUCUGCGACAGAGUUUCUAGUGUAAAGGGGCACAGCACACGGGUGGCUUUUUUUUUUCCAGAACGCACCAUGCCAAUAAAAUGGUGGAUAUUAUAUCCUAUAAUACGUGUCUACCAGAUCAACCAAAAAAAAAGGGGGGGGGGAGAUAUAUUACGAAUUACCGGUAAUGAGUAAAUGAGUAAUUUGCCUUUCCCUGUGGAUGUUCAAAAAGACGUCUCAUUCUCGAGCAUGACAAACGGGAUAUCAUCCGUCCAGUGGAGAUGUGCUAGUAUAAUUGGUAAACUAAGUUGCCUGUGUGGCCUCUAACUGUCAAAAUAGAUGUAAAAUGUUGUGGGUUUUUUUUUUUUAACAAGGGAAUGAGCUUUGUACUUUAGAAUGUCAUUUAAGUUCAGAAUGCCAUUUAAGUUCAGAAUGGCAUUUAAGUUCCCACUGUCAUCACUGCUGCAUUAAACUAAUACAUUAGAAUGGGACGUACGUCUGACACUCUGUUUUUUAGCUUAAAGAUCUCUUGCCGCCCCGCUCUCAAUUAAUCGUUUAUAAAAAUUGCAAUUGCUGUUGUGCGUUGCUGUAUACCGUAUCUAUAAGUCCGGGUUGCUGUAUAUCUUAUCUAUAAGUCCGGGUUGCUGUAUAUCUUAUCUAUCCGGGUUGGUAUAUUUUCGAUUAGACAGGCGUUGUCUAGAAGAAUGCUUAGGUAAUUGUUUAAUUCCGAAGUACACCACAUGCGUGUUUCGUACUCGGCACAAUAACAACAAAAAUUAUCGACAGACGUUCUUUAGAAAGCGGGCCAUGAAUUUUACGUUGUGCCGUUAACACAUCUCAUCUCAUGACGUGAGGGGAAAACGGGUGUCCUGAGCUCAGCGCUCUAAAAGAUUCGUAACACCUCGUCCUUGUUGCAUGAAUUAUUGGCCCACCCCAGGAGGCUCUAGACUUAGCAACGCCGAUGUUGAAAAAGAAUUUUUACACCACCGCAGAGUGCAAAUGGUAACCCGGUAUGAAACAAUUUCCGGCGACCUGAGUCGAUGUUCAAUAAGGUCCACUCUGACGUCGUGACGCCUUCCCCACAGCCGAGAUUCAGGGUUAGGGGGUGGAUUUCCCCUCAAAUCUGGGUUAGGGUUAGGGGGUGGAUUUCUCUCAAAUCUGGGUUAGGGUUAGGGGGUGGAUUUCCCCUCAAAUCUGGGUUAGGGUUAGGGGGUGGAUUUCUCUCAAAUCUGGGUUAGGGUUAGGGGGUGGAUUUCUCUCAAAUCUGGGUUAGGGUUAGGGUUAGGUUCAGGGUUAGGGUUAGGGGUGGAUUUGCCUCAAAUCUGGUGGCCGUGAGAGGGAUCGGCGCCCCACAUGUAAAGAAUCUGUUUCAGUUGCCAACUAUUCACUAUCACUGCGGGCCGCCUCGCAAUCCGACGUGAACUUAACGAAGAAGGUGGCGGAGAAAUACAAAGUACAAAGUGGUGCUAGUUUUUUAUUUUAUUUAUUUUUUACUCGACCUAAAAUAAAUCUGUCCUAAUAGCCCUACAUAAACAGAUGAUGUUUUUUUUUUUUUUUGUUUUUUUAAUUUGACCACAGUUAACGUGACCAAUUGUGACAAGUAUUUCCGCUACCUGGCACCCUGUGGGUAUUUCUUGAUCUUGGAUUCACUAGAGUGCAAUGGAACAGUAAGUCCUCGCUGUGGUCAGCUACACAACCUCUAUAGCUUAGCAGCUUUUAAGCGACAAAUAUAUUUUAUUUAUUUGUUAUUAUUUUUUUCUGAGGGGUUGUUUGUUUUUGUUUGUUUUUGUUUGUUUUUGUUUGUUUUGUUUGUUUUUGUUUGUUUUUUUUUUUUUUUUUUUUUUUUUUUUUUUUUUUUUUUUUUUUUUUGUUUUUUUUUGGGGGGGGGGGGAAUUGUUGGUAUGAUCAGACGUAGAUUCGUCUACGACUAAAAAGAUAUUUCUGUCAUUCACGCGUGUAAAAUCCGAUAUUGUGAAAUACUAAUUUGUUGGUCUCCUCAUCUAAAUUUAAACUCCGCAUAUUUCAUAACAGACGAGGCUGAGCAUGAGACAUUUGUACCGGGUCACGGAGGUCGACCGUCUGUUCAAGGCCGUGCGGGAACUCAACGGCACGGUCAACUCCUGGCUGGUCGUGGGCAUCGGAAUUCACAACUUGUACAACAUGACGGCCAUCCGGCAAGCGGUGAGUUCACACGCGGCUUUAGAAUCUGACCUGGUGCCGACUCACCUAUCCGUUCUGGAGAUGAUUGCUAAAUAGAACAGUUGAAAGGAACCAUGUGCACCUUUGUCGGUGUCGAUAAAGAAAUAUCGGGGUCCUGCGAUAUUGUCAUUUGAUUCAUUAAUUAUCUUUUUUUUUAAAUGCAGUUAAAAUUCAAUACGAUACCAAUAAGUGUCAUUAAUCACUAACAGGUGAAUUUAAAAAAUAUAUAUAUAUCGUAAGUAUAUUCGGUUGAAAAUUUAAUAAUUUGUUUUUUUUAAAAAUCACGUAUUUCUAUUAAAUACUUGACGGUUACCACUGAACAGUAAAUAAAGAUUGUGGUGAGCGUUUAUGUUCCCAUUCAUGCCACAUUCAUGCCACAUUCAUGCCACAUUCAUGCCACAUUCAUGCCACAUUCAUGCCACAUGCAUGCCACAUUCAUGCCACAUUCAUGCCACAUUCAUGCCACAUUCAUGCCACAUUCAUGCCACAUUGAAAUCACAAUUGGCCCAAUGGUUCUGUGCAGGUAUUAAGACUCUCCUCCAAUAAAGAUUAGUUUCAACUCCCCCCCCCCCCCCCCCCCCCCCGCUCCUACCCAUGGCUUGUGACGCGACAAGACUGGCAUUAGAAGCAACUGGAAAUGUUUGAGAGUAUUUAUUAUGUAGCACGGAACAUUACUCCGUCUCAUUUGACUCAUUCAAAGUUGACGCUGAAAAAAUAAAAAGUUGUUGAAAUUCGGCAUCUUUCUGUGUAUGUGUGAUGUUGAUGGUGCUGCACUUGGUGGUGCUACACUUGGUGGUGCUACACUUGGUGGUGUGUGUGUGUUACCGAUGUUGGUUGUGUUACACUUGGUGGUAUGUGUGUUAGCGAUGUUGACUGUGCUACACUUGGUGGUAUGUGUGUUAUGCAUAAGCGUUUUCACCGAAAGAUACGCCAUGAAGAUAUUGAAGCUAACGAGAUCGUGACGGAUGGCAGUCUUGAUGUUAGCUUCUUCCUAGUUGUGUUUUGCUGACCGGUGUCAGGACACUAUCUCAAAAACCUUCCACAAACACCCCCCCCCCCCUGAGACGAAAUCAAACUCAUCAGAUUAACAUAACCAAAAAAACAGCCACGAGAUAUAACGAACAGCCAGGAACAUAUUAGAUUUCCAUCGUAUUAAACCAAUGGCUGAAACAAUGUUCCACAGCCGUUGCUUUUAAAACAACCAAUCACCAGUGAAGGAAUAAAUUAUACAUUCAUUUUGAAAUUUUACUAACAAUACAUUGAAUUUAACUAAAUUUUUUUUUUUUUUUAAUCAUACUUCCUAUCAGGCAAUCGACCCCAUGUUGAAACUGCUACAGAACUCCAAGUGGCCGAAACUUAUUUGGAUGGCGGCACAAUCACCUGGGCUGCUAAAAACCGGAUCUGAGAAAAGGCAACAGAGUCAGGCGAUACUGGAUUAUAAUGAAAAGCUGAAAUCUAUUUUCGGUCCUCUGGGAAUCCCCAUCAUGAACUUUUUCCAACUCACCAAAGGGGUUUUUAGUUUCGAUGGCGCUCACUACGGCAAGGGUCUGAAUGACGUCAAAGUCAACAUUCUGCUCAAUUUUUUACAGCAAGAAACUACAACAUGAUAAUGAUACUGAGUUUUAAGUUUCUUACAUUACUGCAACUAUUUUUUUUCCCUUGACUUAAAGUUAUAUUUGUUUGUUUUUUUAAUGUAUUAAAUGUAUUAAA